CGGCAGCGGGGCGCCGCCAUGGAGAGGACCCCCAUCCCGGUGCUGACGGUGCAGACGGCGCCCUACGAGGACCAGCGGCCGACGGGCGGCGGGGGGCUGCGGCGGCCCACGGGGCUCUUCGAGAGCCAGCGCAACUACCUGCCCAACUUCGUGCAGAGCCUCCUCUCCUCCGUCGACCUCCGCGACCGCCAGGGCUGCACCAUGGUGGUGGGCAGCGACGGCAGGUACUUCAGCAAGACGGCCAUCGAGAUCGUCGUCCAGAUGGCCGCGGCCAACGGGAUCGGCAGAUUGGUUAUUGGACAGAAUGGUAUUUUAUCCACACCUGCUGUUUCAUGUAUCAUCCGAAAGAUCAAAGCAGCUGGUGGAAUUAUUCUAACAGCUAGCCACAGUCCUGGGGGACCUGGAGGAGAGUUUGGAGUCAAGUUUGAGGUUGCCAAUGGAGGACCUGCUCCAGAUAUAGUUUCAGAUAAAAUCUAUCAAAUCAGCAAAACCUUGGAAGAGUAUGCCAUUUGUCCUGAUCUCAGAGUUGAUUUGUCACGCCUAGGAAGACAAGAAUUUGAUCUGGAGAACAAAUUCAAACCUUUCCGAGUGGAAAUUGUGGAUUCUGUGGAUAUCUACCUCAAUCUCCUUCGAAGUAUCUUUGACUUCAAUGCGAUCAGAAAUUUGCUGACCGGACCCAACCAGAUUAAAAUAAGGAUUGAUGCCAUGAAUGGAGUUAUGGGACCUUACGUGAGAAGAAUCCUGUGUGAUGAAUUGGGAGCUCCUGCAAAUUCUGCCAUAAACUGUAUUCCUCUGGAGGAUUUUGGUGGACAGCCUCCUGAUCCCAAUUUAACGUAUGCAACUGCCUUGCUGGAGGCUAUGAGAGGUGGUGAAUAUGGAUUUGGAGCUGCUUUUGAUGCUGACGGAGACCGCUACAUGAUCCUUGGCCAAAAUGGUUUCUUUGUUAACGCGUCAGAUUCAUUGGCCAUAAUUGCUGCCAAUCUGUCUUGCAUUCCAUACUUUUGUCAGAUGGGUGUCCGAGGAUUUGGCAGAAGCAUGCCUACCAGCACAGCCCUGGACAAAGUGGCAAAAGUAAUGAAGAUUCCUGUGUAUGAGACACCAACAGGAUGGAGAUAUUUUUCCAAUCUCAUGGACUCUGGACGUUGCUCACUUUGUGGGGAGGAAAGCUUUGGCACUGGGUCUGAUCACCUUCGAGAGAAAGAUGGACUCUGGGCUGUGCUAGUUUGGCUUUCAAUCCUAGCGGCUCGAAAGCAGAGUGUGGAGGAGAUUGUCAGGGAUCACUGGACAAAAUUUGGCCGGCACUACUACUGCAGGUUUGAUUAUGAAGCAUUGGAACCCAGAACAGCGUAUUUCAUAAUGAGAGACCUGGAAGCUUUGAUCACUGACAAAUCAUUCAGCCAUCAGCAGUUUGCUGUGGGUAACAAUAUCUACAGUGUGGAGAGAACAGACAGCUUUGAAUACAUAGAUCCUGUGGAUGGCACUGUGACCAAAAGACAGGGGCUGCGAAUUAUUUUUUCAGAUGCUUCCAGGCUUAUCUUCAGAAUGAGUGCUUCUAGCCAUGUGAGAGCUACUCUCCGGAUCUAUGCAGAGAGUUACGAAAAGGAUCCCAGCCAACACAAUAAGGAACCACAGGCUGUCCUGAGUCCUCUUAUAGCAAUCGCACUGAAAAUAUCUCAGAUUCAUGAGAGGACAGGGCGAAAGGGACCCACUGUCAUCACCUGAAGCCACGGAAGAUUGUUAAACCAGGGCCAAAAGAGGAACAGCAAGGAAGAGACAGGACCUUGCUGAAACAUGUUAGCCAUUUGUGCCUUGUAUGAUUUUAAAAGUUUUCUUGGGGAUAGAGGUAGGGUGGGAAGAAAAAUUCAAUAUAAUAUUAAGCAUAUUAAUUUGCAUUGAUCUCCAAAUACAAUAGUGUAUUGACUUCUUUGUUUUACCUGCAAUAACUUAAUUUCAGAUAAC